CCUUCAUCCAUCUCUCUAAUGCUGCUUCUGUUGCCUCUCUUCUUCUCCACACCAAGAAGAUAGGGAGAGAAACAAACAAACACAACUUCAAACACCCUUUUCAAUCUUUAAUUCCUCAUUUUUCUUUCAUUUCCUUUCUGGGUUUCAAGGUUUCUUGACAAAUCCAUAGUCUUGAACAACACUGACUCCCUAUUUACACCAUCUUUUUUUUUCUUCGUGUUUUAAAGGGGUUUUAACCCAAAAAAGCUGAGUCAAAAUUAGUGUGAAAAGUCUGAACAUUUCGUGCUAGAUUAAAAGUGUGUGUACAAACAGCAAUCCUGAUCGAACUAGUUAAAAAAGAGAAGCAGGCUAUUUUGUCUGUAUAUCGGUGAAAUUUUGGCUGAGUGAGAACUUAUAUAAAAAAGAAAAGCGUAGGGCUCUUUCUCUAUUUCUAGGGGAAUAUUCUGGCAAGAAUCGGGGUUGUCUUCGUCCCUUCAAAUCACCUCUCUCCGCCUCUCAUUUUCAUAAACAAACAAAGAAACAUACAAUUUUUAUUCCUCGAUAACUUUUCAAGAUUUUUUUUUGAGGAAUUCCCAGAAAAAGAUUGGUGAUAUCUGAGUUGGGUUUUCAUGGCGAUGGUAGUUCAACAUCAACAGCAUAAGGAGAUCAGCAGUAACAACAGCAUCACCAAGCAUCAGUUGGAUAAUGGGAAGUAUGUACGGUAUACUACAGAACAAGUAGAAGCUUUGGAAAGGGUUUAUGCAGAAUGCCCGAAACCCAGUUCUUUGAGAAGACAACAAUUGAUCCGGGAAUGCCCUAUUUUGUCCAACAUAGAACCUAAGCAAAUCAAAGUUUGGUUUCAGAAUCGCAGAUGUCGAGAGAAGCAACGGAAAGAGUCUUCUCGGCUCCAGACAGUUAACAAGAAACUAUCUGCCAUGAACAAGUUAUUGAUGGAGGAGAACGAUCGGCUGCAGAAACAAGUGUCGCAGCUUGUAAACGAAAAUGGUUAUAUGCGCCAACAGUUGCACACUGGUUCGGCAGGUACAGAUGCCAGCUGUGAAUCUGUGGUUACCACUCCCCAGCAUUCUAUGCGAGAUGCUAAUAACCCGGCUGGACUACUCUCGAUCGCAGAGGAGACCUUGGCAGAGUUCCUUUCAAAGGCUACAGGAACUGCUGUUGAUUGGGUCCAGAUGCCUGGGAUGAAGCCUGGUCCGGAUUCGGUUGGGAUCUUUGCCAUUUCACAGAGUUGCAGUGGAGUGGCAGCUAGAGCCUGUGGUCUUGUAAGUUUAGAGCCGACAAAGAUUGUUGAGAUCCUUAAAGAUCGUCCUUCUUGGUUCCGUGACUGUCGGAGUCUUGAAGUUUACACAAUGUUUCCUGCUGGAAAUGGGGGGACAAUCGAACUUGUAUAUACGCAGAUCUUUGCUCCAACCACACUGGCUCCUGCGAGGGAUUUUUGGACCUUAAGAUACACUACAAGUUUAGAAAAUGGAAGUCUCGUGGUAUGUGAGAGAUCCCUCACGGGUUCUGGUGCUGGCCCUAAUGCAGCAGCUGCCAAUCAGUUUGUAAGAGGAGAAAUGCUGCCGAGUGGCUACCUCAUUCGCCCUUGUGAUGGUGGUGGUUCCAUUAUACACAUAGUUGAUCAUCUAAAUCUUGAGCCGUGGAGUGUGCCAGAGGUUCUUCGUCCACUUUAUGAAUCUUCAAAAGUUGUAGCCCAAAAGAUGACUAUUGCAGCAUUGCGCUAUAUUAGGCAAAUAGCUCAGGAGUCGAGUGGAGAAGUGGUUUAUGGUCUGGGAAGGCAACCGGCCGUUUUGAGAACUCUAAGUCAAAGAUUAAGCAGAGGCUUCAAUGAUGCCAUUAACGGAUUCAGUGAUGAUGGCUGGUCGCUUAUGAACUGUGAUGGUGCGGAAGAUGUGAUCAUUGCAGUGAAUUCGACCAAGAAUCUGAACAACUCCAUGAAUCCUUCUAAUUCCCUCUCGUUUCUUGGAGGGAUUCUUUGUGCAAAGGCCUCCAUGCUUUUCCAAAACGUACCUCCAGCGGUAUUGGUUCGUUUCUUAAGAGAACAUCGCUCGGAGUGGGCCGACUUCAAUGUGGAUGCAUAUUCUGCUGCAUCAGUGAAGGCCAACCCGUAUGCAUAUCCAGGAAUGAGACCCACAAGGUUCACUGGUAGCCAGAUUAUCAUGCCUCUUGGCCACACGAUUGAACAUGAAGAGAUGCUCGAGGUUGUAAGACUCGAAGGUCAUGCACUUGGACAAGAGGAUCCUUUCAUGUCAAGAGACAUUCAUCUUUUGCAGCUAUGCAGCGGAAUUGAUGAAAAUGCUGUGGGAGCUUGUUCUGAACUUGUCUUUGCUCCAAUUGAUGAAAUGUUUCCAGAUGAUGCCCCCCUUGUACCCUCUGGCUUUCGUAUCAUUCCAUUGGAUCCCAAAUCAAAUGAUGUGAAGAAUGCAUUGGCAACACCACAUAGAACAUUGGACCUGACUUCCAGUCUAGAUGUUAGCCCAGCAACGAAUCAUGGUUCAACUGAUAUGACAAUGUGCCAAAACACAAGGUCGGUGUUAACCAUUGCCUUUCAGUUUCCUUUUGAGAACAAUCUAGCGGAAAGCGUGGCUACAAUGGCUCGCCAAUAUGUUAGAAGUGUGAUCAACUCUGUUCAGAGAGUUGCCAUGGCCAUAUCUCCUUCUGGUUUGAGCCCAUCUAUGGGUCCAAAGUCAUCUCCUGGCUCGCCUGAAGCACUCACUCUUGCUCAAUGGAUCUGCCAAAGCUACACAUACCAUUUAGGAACAGAUUUACUAAGCUCUGGUUCGAUUGUUGGAGACUCAUUAUUGAAAGAUCUCUGGCAGCAUCAAGAUGCAAUUUUGUGCUGUUCAUUGAAGUCGUUGCCGGUUUUCUUAUUUGCGAAUCAGGCAGGGCUCGACAUGUUGGAGACUACUCUUGUGGCGUUGCAAGAUAUCACAUUAGACAAAAUGUUUGAUGAUUCUGGACGAAAGGCGCUGGUUCCAGAAUUUGCCAAGAUAAUGCAACAGGGAUUUACGCAUUUACCUGGCGGGAUUUGUCUUUCAACGAUGGGGCGUCACAUAUCAUAUGAACAGGCGAUAGCAUGGAAGGUUCUUGCAGCCGAUGAAAGUACUGUUCAUUGCCUUGCUUUCUCUUUUGUUAACUGGUCAUUUGUGUGAGGUUGUAGCUUUUAGAUGGCUUUGUUUUUGUUGUACUCUUUGCCCAUUGGUGAAGUUAUCAUGUAAAAAAAACCCAUGAAUGAAGUAAUCAAAGUGGUAAAAAACUUGUUUUGUAUGAACAAUGAACCAUUUCUUUGUAUCAGAGUUGGCUUAAUUUUCUUACCC